UUUACAUUUUGUUACUAAUGAGGUUGUAGUUAGUUUUUAGAAAAAAGUAUAUUUGCGCUAGUAACAACAAGCAAGUAUUACAUAAAUGGCAACCCUACAAAAAAGUGAAGAAAUUUAUAUAAAGUUUGCUGAUCUGAACGUUAGUGUUGAUUCAAAAGAAAUUCUAAAAAAUGUUUGUGGAGAAAUAAACCCAGGAGAAAUAUUUGCCAUCAUGGGGCCGUCAGGUGCUGGUAAAUCAAGCCUUCUAAAUAUACUUGCUGGUAGGAGAACUAAAGGAGUUGUUUUAACCAGUGGGACAAUUUUAAUAAACGGAGAAAACUUUUCCAAGUUUUUUCGGAGAAAAAUAGGAUAUGUGAUGCAAGAGGAUAUAUUUCUUUCAAAUCUCACUAUCAGGCAAACGCUAGAAUUUGUAGGAAAAAUUAGACUGCCGGACAGCAUGAAAUGGGAUGAAAAGCUCGCUAUUGUUGACAAAGUCAUCGACGAUCUUGGAUUGCGUAAAUGUGAAAACACCGUGAUAGGAGGCAAUUAUGAUACACAUGGAUGUUCAGGGGGCGAGAGAAAACGAUGCAGCAUUGCUGUAGAACUUAUAACUAACCCUGCAUGCAUAAUUUUAGAUGAGCCAACUACUGGUUUAGAUUCUUCCACAGCAUUUAAUCUUAUAAAAACUCUUAAAAAUCUUGUUGAAAAAGAAAAACGUGCAAUUUGCUUGACAAUCCACCAGCCUUCCAGUCAAGUGUUUCAUAUGUUUGACAAGCUGAUGUUACUAUGCAACGGAACGGUAAUGUUUUUUGGAAAAAACUCGAAUAUUUUGCCUUUUUUUGAAUCAAUUGGGUUGCCUGUUUAUCCAAAUUGGAAUCCUGCAGAUUUUUUUAUUGAAAAACUUAAAAAAACAGAGGUACAAUCAAAAAUGGCCGAAGGAUUUAAAAUGUUUCGAAACAAUAUGGUUCAACAUGACCCUAUCUGUAUUCCUAAUGCCUAUGAAAACGUUGGUAGCGAUGAAUACCAAGCUUUAGAAAAUGAAUUGAAUUAUCGUACAGAAGAAACAUUUAAAUUUUCUAAACUUGAAGUUAAUAAAAAUAAAUGGCCAACUUCAUUUCGGACUCAAGUAUUUGCAUUAUGGAAGAGAUCUUUUCUUCAAGCAAAAGGUGAUGUUUUCAAUGCAGUAUAUUUUACAAGGACAAUUUUAGUUUCUUUAAUUGGUGGACUGAUAUGGUUUAACACACCUUUCGAUGCAAAUUCGAGGGUUGAUCGCGAGGGAUCGAUAUUUUUUGUUAUGAGUUAUUUGUUUAUUGAACUGGCAUUCGACACAAUAUUUUCUUUUCCUUAUGAGGAUAAAGUCAUUGCAAAAGAGAGAGCAUCUGGAAUGUACCGUUUAUCUGCGUUUUACACCGUAAAAAAUAUUGUUGAUUUAUCAGUUUUAAUCGUACCUCAAUCAAUGUUAUAUAUAAUAACAUAUUGGAUGAUGGGACUGAAUCGUUCUCCAAUUUUUCUUCUUGGUCUAUUUAAUGUGUUUUUAAUUACGGCCUUAUCUCAGUCUAUGGGACUUAUUAUUGGCGGCAGUGUUAAAAAUCUCCGAAAAUGCAUUCUUGGAGUUGUAAUAAUUAGCAUUGGUGGCUUAGCAUUAGGAGGUUUUUACAUAAAGAGGAUGCCUUCGUGGCUUUCUUGGAGCAAAUACAUUUCGGUUUACACCUACUUUUACAAUAUAUUUAUUAGAAUGGAGUUUGAAUACGCACAGGAAGUUUUUAAGUGCACACCAAAAUCUGAAUACCGUGAAUGCAUUUACAACAACCAAAGCAGUAUGACUGGGCCAGAAUUGUUGUCUUACAUAGAUCCGAUUCCUUUAAAUAUUUCGCAAACAAUAGCUUUUUUAUUGAUUUUGACCUUUGUUCUUCGGGUUGUAUUUUACUAUGUGCUUAAACAUUGUUGUAAAAUAAAAUAAUUACCUCGAUAGAAGUUUCUAAAAAAAAAAAAAAAAUUAAUUUUUUUUGAUACUUUUUACAGUUUACAAGCUCUUUUUCUACUGAUGCAGUUUCUGUAAUUUCAUGUGUUCCUUUGGGAUUAAAAGAUUUAUAGGGAAGAUUAAAUUACAUAUUCAUU